GCGACUUUGUAAACUGUUCCUUCCUUUUUUACAAUUGCACUAAUACAGAGACCAUUGGUAAACAACGGGUAUUCUUUUUGAAUUGUGAAGCAAUUUUUCUUCUUGUAGAAGCUAUAAAGUAGGUCCUCUGAAAAGUAAUCGCGACCAACGAGAAACGACACAUAGAUGUUGAUAUUACCAUUGCAUGUCUUUCUACCAUACUUCCUAUUUUGAUCAUGCUGAACUAUCUAUGGAAAAGUAGAUGAAUAAUAAAAGUCGUUGGUUUUGGAGUCCGAAUUGCUGUCAUGAUAUACGAGUUCUCCGACUCCAGCAAACGUACACGAUGCUUAAUCAGAUAGGUGAUUUAGUUAAUUGAAUUGCUCUGCAGCACUUUUCACACUCGGUUCUUAUUUAUUGUUGCUUACACACCAUAAAUCGACGUUCCUACGGAUUUCGCACAGUAUACUAUAUUCCAGUUUACGUCACGUUGAACACAUCAAGAGCUCAGAACGGUUUCUAUACUCUACGAUCGAUCUAUGUUCUUAUAUCAUGGAAGGAAAAGUCAAGUAUGGUCUACGUAAAGAGUAUACGUAGUGGAAGCUAUGAAGGAAAAGCAAAGUCAGUCAACACGUGAUGAUGUUUGUGUGAAGUAUACUGACGAGAAACAUGAGCGUUUUCGUUCGUCCGAUAGUCAACAUAUAAAUAGGCCCAACUCCAGCUCCAAUAAUCACAGUAAGACACUUGCAUCUGAAUUAGGCAUUCUUUCGUUGAAGUUGAUAUAUUCAUAGGCUAGGCCUUAUUAUCAUAUUAAAAGUCUAUUGUUAUCAACCUACCUUUGAAGCGUUUGUUAAACAAGGGUUUUAUCUGAUUCCCACAAUUAUUUAUUUUUACAAGCGUUUACACAGUUUUUGUACUUGUCUGUCUAUUCUUGUUUUCCGCUACUAAGGUCGGAUAAGUAAAGCUGUGCACGAAUUCAUUAUUCUUCAAUUGACGAUUCAUUUAUUACGAUAUAUAUAUAUUUACAAAUAUAUAAACCGAUUUCAAAGAUCUAUUUUUGGAUUUCUUGAAUAAUACAUCUCCUUUCAGUUUUUACGACAUUAACGAUUUUCUUGGAUUAGAUUCUUAUUAUUUUACAUCAUGAGCGGUACUAGCGAUAUCCCUAAUUCUACUCCUGAAGCUUUGGAAAAGCAAGUUGAAAUCGCUGAAAAGCAAUCUUUUCCCCCUAGCAUGCCUUCUCGCCUUCCCGAAGAAGUAUCUUGUCUUCAUGUACCUCUCGACACUUCUAAGGUUUCAGACGAAGAAGUUGCUGCUGUCGAUCGAUUCCAGAGAGCUUGCGACUAUUUGGCUUGCUCUUUAAUUUUCUUAGCCAAGGACAUUUACAGGGGCGGUGACCUUGAAGAGGAUGACGUGAAAACUCGACUCCUAGGUCACUGGGGUACUUGUCCUGGUUUGAGCAUUGCUUACUCCCACUGUAAUCGAAUUAUUAACAAGUAUGAUUUGGACAUGAUCUUCGUUGUUGGUCCUGGUCACGGUGCACCUGCCGUCUUGGGUGCAUUGUUUUUAGAAGACUCACUUGGCCCCUUUUAUCCCCAAUAUCAAUUCACUCGUGAAGGUCUUAAAAAUUUGAUUAGCACCUUCUCAUUGCCUGGUGGUUUUCCUUCCCACGUAAACGCUGAAUGCCCUGGCUCCAUACACGAAGGUGGUGAAUUAGGCUAUUCUUUGUCAGUUAGUUAUGGUGCCGUUCAAGAUAAACCCGAUUUGAUCGUCACCUGUGUUGUAGGAGACGGUGAAGCUGAAAGUGGCCCCUUGGCAGGAUCAUGGCAAACUCACAAGUUCUUAGACCCGGCCGAAUCUGGUGCCGUCAUUCCUAUUUUGAGUUUGAACGGUUAUAAGAUUUCUGAGCGUACUAUCUAUGGAUGUAUGGAUGACUUGGAAUUAUUGGCUCUUUUCAGUGGUUUUGGUUAUCAAGUUGCUAUUGUCAACUACACUAGCGAAUACAACCGUGAAAUGGCUGCAGCCAUGGAUUGGGCUGUUGAGACAAUUAAGGAUAUUCAACAUCGUGCUCGUGUGAAGCGUGAACUCAUUAAACCCAGAUGGCCCAUGAUCAUCCUUCGCUCACCUAAGGGUAAAGGCUGCCCCAAGACUUUAAAUGGUACAUUUUUAGAGGGAACCUAUCAUGCUCAUCAAGUUCCAUUGAAACUUGCCCGCACUGAUGGUACACAGCGUAAGAUGCUUAAAGACUGGCUUUCGAGCUACCGCUUUGAUGACUUUUUGGACGAAGAAGGUCUCCCAACAAAAGGUAUUCGUGAAUACAUCCCUCGUGCUUCUAAGCGUAUGGGUCAACGCCCUGAGACUUACAAUUCUUAUCACCGAUUAAAUGUGACCGACUGGAAGAAGUUCGGUGUUACCAAGGGUGAGAAGACAUCUGCUACUCAUGUCGUGGGUAACUACUUAGGCGAGCUUCUUCGUGAAAAUGAUACUACUUUACGUAUCUUUUCCCCUGAUGAACUUGAGAGUAACAAGCUUGAUGCUGUUCUGAAAUAUACCGAUCGUACUAUGCAAACCGAUCCAACGUUAAUGGCAAAGGGCGGCCGUGUUACAGAAGUGCUUUCCGAACAUAUUUGCCAAGGACUCAUGCAAGGUUACACUCUCACGGGACGUACAGCAAUUUUCCCUUCAUACGAGGCUUUCAUGACUAUUGUUGUUAGUAUGUUAAUUCAAUACAGCAAAUUUAUCAAGAUGGGUCUUGAAUUACCUUGGCAUGGAAAGUUUGGAAGUUUGAACUAUGUCACCUCCAGUACUUGGGCACGUCAAGAACACAACGGAUACUCUCACCAAUCUCCAAGAUUUAUCACUACCAUGCUCUCAUUCAAACCUGGUAUUAGUCGUGUAUACUUCCCAGCCGAUGCCAACUGUUUCUUGUCUACUAUGGCUAGAUGUAUGCGUUCUGAAAACACUAUCAACCUCAUGGUUUCAAGUAAAAAUCCUCAACCAAGCUAUCUUUCUAUUGAAGAGGCUGAAGCACACUGUACUGCCGGAGCUAGUGUGUGGAAAUUCUGCAGUACCGACAACGGCUUAAACCCUGAUGUUGUUUUGGUUGGUAUCGGUAAUGAAAUUAUGUUUGAGGUCGUUAAGGCAGCUGAGAUGUUGGCAAAUGACAUCCCCAGCCUACGUGUGCGUGUUGUUAACGUUACCGAUCUCAUGUCACUUUCCAGUAUGCAUCCUCACGGAAUGACUCAACUAGAAUUCGAUUCCUUGUUCACGACCAACCGUCAUGUUCAUGUGAACUACCACGGUUAUGUUAUGGACAUUAAGAGCUUACUGUUUGACCGCAUUGAACCCACUCGUAUCACUGUGAACGGCUACCAAGAAGAGGGUACUACUACCACGCCCUUUACUAUGAUGAUGGUCAAUAAUACCUCACGUUAUGAUGUUGCUAGAGCAGCAUUGCAACAUUCCAUUCACAACCCUUAUGUUGCAGUAAACUGCCACAACUUGAGUUCUAAUUACUCUCACAAGUUGGAUGAAAUUAAGGAAUACGUAUUUAAAUACAAGGACGAUCCACCAGAGACCUACGAUGUUCCCGACUUUAAGGAUAAGCGCACCAUUUAAACAGAAGAAGUAAAGAGAUAAAAAAAGAAUUACAAGCAAGUUGUUUUGGAAAGCCAAAUUAUUUCUUAAUAGGUACUAAUAAAUCAAUGGGUUUGCACUAGAUAUA